AAAGUUGACUGGAAGGGCUGUCAUGUCUUUGUUGCCUCUGUUGCUCCUCAUAUGGUGUGAAUAGAAUAGCAGGAUAGAUGGAAAAAUAACAGUUUCACGUACAGAAGAUACUCAUAUACACAUCACCCACAACAGUCCAAACCACCCAAAAGAUGGAAGACAAGCUGAAUGGAUUCCCUGUUGUCUCCCCGGAGUAUCUUCAGCAGUGGGUUCAGUCUGCACAACAGUUUCAGGCUCUCCAGGCCCAAUAUUCCGGCUUCAACCAUCCGUCUCACUACCCAGAGGGGCAGACGGGAGAGGCAGCCAUGGCACACAUGGCUUAUCCAGAACCCAUGAUGGAUCAGCAGGAACCGGAGAACCUGGCUAAACCCCCGCCCAAAAAAAGAGGCAGAGCAGCUCAACCCAAGGAACCCAAGGAACCCAAAGCACCAAAACCUCCAAAAGUCCCCAAGGCACCAAAACCACCAAAAGUCCCCAAGGCACCAAAACCACCAAAACCUCCGAAAGUCCCCAAGGCACCGAAGCCGCCAAAGGACCCAAAUGCCCCGAAAGCCAAACCGGGUCGGAAGCCCAAGAAGGGCGCCGACGCUCAGGGAGACGGCACGCAAGAGAAGAUCGACACCGAGAAGAAGGUGAAGAGGAAAAUCGACCGCUUUAAGGGAAUGUCGGAAGAGGAGGUCAUGACGAAAACUCUGCCCGACCUGCUGGAAUACAACCUGGACUACGUCAUUAUUGGUAUCAACCCGGGACUGAUGGCAGCUUUCAUUGGACGGUGGUUUCCAGGUCCUGGAAAUCAUUUCUGGAAGUGCCUCUUUCUGUCCGGCUUCACCGAGGAGCUGCUGAACCACAUGCACGACACCACGCUGCCUGGCAAGUACAAAAUGGGCUUCACCAACAUGGUGGCCAGAGCCACGCCGGGGAGCAAAGACCUCUCAAGUAAAGAGUUGCGCGAGGGAGGCAAAAUCCUCGUAGAGAAGCUGAAGAAGUUCAAGCCUCUUAUUGCUGUUUUUAAUGGAAAAUGCAUUUAUGAAAUGUUCUGCAGAGAGAUGUUUGGUAAGAAACCAAAGAAACUUGAUUUUGGUUUGCAGCCGCACAAGAUCCCCGACUGUGAGGUGGCUCUGUACUUGAUGCCUUCAUCCAGCGCUCGCUGUGCUCAGUUCCCUCGAGCUCAGGACAAAGUCCACUUCUACAUCAAACUGAGGGAGCUCCGAGACCAGCUGAAGGGCGUCCAGAAACCGACUGAGGUGGAGGAGAUCGAUUACUCCUUCGACCUGUCGCUGGCUAAAGAGGACGCCAAGCGGAUGGCCAUAAAGGAGGAGCAGUACGAUCCCGGCUACGAAGACGCCUUCGGCGGAGUCUACGCGGAGAGAGGAGCCGACGGGCCCGCGGGGGCAGAAGGGUCCGGGGCGGGGGCCGCGGCGGGGGGCGAAGGGUCCGCGGCCCCCGGCCAGACCAACGGCCACUGCACGUUCUCGAGUGCAGAAAACACAGAAGGAGCUCAGGAGGCGACCACGUCACAGAUCCCAGAGGGCCAGCUGCCGGACGGACAGUGGAUGACUCAGUCCUUUGCGGAUCAGAUCCCGGACAUCAGCGGGGCACCGAAGGAGCCCAGCGCGUAGCGGCAGGACUACUUCCGUCUGGUUUUCAACCGUUUGCCUUUUCUUUUUUUUCUUAGUGUCAGAGUGGAACAUAAAACACACAUAGAUGGACUUUUCUAGUAGAACUUUUGCAGAUUAUUCCCUGCAUUUUAUUGUAUUUUUUAAAUCUUGUUUGUGGUCUUGCUCUAAUGUAUGAUCAUCUUCACGGCAGUCUUUUUUUUUUUUUUUUUUUUUUUUUAAUAUGUGAAAUCAGGGACAAUAAUGCUGGACUGUCUUGAAGAAGGUCAUGUAUUUAAAUGUUUGUUUACCCUUUGUACUGCACGGCCAUGCAGUAAGCAUAAACAUCCCCCUCUACUGUUUGCACAGUAAGUCAAGACGCUUUGUUUAUACGUUUGAUCCAUCGGUAUCAGCCUUCAUGAUCCUGUGAUUUGGGGAUUUAUUCAGCAGUGAUGUUUUACAUUCAUGGUGCUACGACAAGUGAUUGCUGGAUGAAAUCAUCCUGCAUGUUAGAGGCUCCUGGUCGGCCCUUCAACACAAUGUUACAGGUUUCAAUCUUUUUAUCAUCAAUUUUCUUUUUGACUGUAGGGAUUUUAGAAUUACAUUUUGUAUGAUUAUGAAAAUGUCACUCACAAGGGAUUUUAUGAAAUGUGUCCAUUAAAAUGUCUUGAUGAUGCCUUUUCUAUA